AUGUCCAUAGUCGAUGUCCUGAUUGUUGGCAGUGGACCCGUUGGCAUGGAAUUGGCAUUGGAGUUAGCGAUUCAAGGCGUCGCCUUCAGAAUCGUCGAUAAAGCGACAACACGCCCAACCACGUCCCGAGCCAUAGGCAUACACUCUCGCACGCUCGAGGUCCUCAACCGAUACGGCGGCAUAGACGAGCUGCUGGCCAAGUCGCACAAGGUUGCUGGCAACUCCUUCUGGGUCAAUCGAAAGCACUUCGAAGGCUUUAGGUUUGUUGGUCAGGCCCAGGAACGGCCGGAUACCCAUUUCCCCGGGAUAUUUGCCAUCACGCAGGUGGACAUCGAGGCUUUCUUGGAGAGCCGUCUGGCGGGCAAGGGCGUCAUUGUGGAGCGGCCUGUGACGGUGCAGAGUGUGGUGCAGGACGACAACGGCGCUACCGUGGUGCUAGCCAGGCUUGACGGUUCCGAGGACAUUGUAACUGCCAAGUAUGUGGUCGGUUGUGAUGGAGCGCACUCUGUGGUACGACAUUCCAUGGACGUGGAGUUUCAAGGUGGAGCAUACCCGCAGCAUUUCGUUGUGGGUGAGGUGCUGAUCAACUGGGAUGGAUAUGGAGAUAAGGUCCACAUCAUGCUUGGUGAUGGCUUGCUUCUACUGCUUCCACUGUCUCAAGACAAAAUUCGAAUCGUUCUUUCAAGACCGGCCGAAUUAUCUUCAGAUGUCGAUCCAACACUUGAGGACUUCCAGAAGGCCCUCGAUAAAAUGCUUCCCCCGGACGAGAUCGCCAAAAUCCACCAUGCCACUGGGCUGACUCGGUUUCAUCUGCACUACCGGUGCUCGACCAAGUAUCGCGACGGCAGGUUGUUCGUGGCCGGAGACGCUGCGCAUAUCCACAGCCACAUUGGGGCCCAGGGCAUGAACACGGGCAUACAAGACAGCAUGAAUUUGGGAUGGAAGCUUGCGCGUGUUCUCAACGGCGAGAUGCCAGAUAGCUUCCUGGACACCUAUCAUGAGGAGCGCUGGCCCAUCGGACAAACCCUUCUCAGUCAGACGGACCAGAUGUUCACGUUGCUGAGCAGCAACACGCCCAUCUUCAACACCAUACGCACCUUCCUCCUGCCUCACGCAUUGCCAUCUAUUGGCCUCUCUGACAUGGGCCUGAAGAUGAUGAACUUCUUCUCCGAGCUAGGCGUCAAGUACCGCAGGAGCUCGAUCGUCCAACCCGCCUCUGGGUUCGAGGGACCUGUUCGUGGUGGAUUUCGUGCUCCAGACGGAAAGAUUCGGACGAUGGACGGGAAGAUGUCAUGGCUCCAGGAUUUACUGAGCGGCCCAGGGUAUCAUUUGUUGAUCUUUUCGAAGAUAGCAGGAGACAAGGAGGUCAAAGAACUUGAGCGCCGGUUGCUCACAAAUAAGGGCAAGCCGAAUGUGGCAAACGUCCACAUCAUCACCAGCACGGAGCUUCAGAACCCAAGGUCUGUUAUGGAUGUGGACGGAGAGCUUCACCAACGCUACGGCUUCGACGGUAAGCCUGGCUUUGUCUACGUCCGACCAGAUGGUUACAUCGAACGCAUUGGAUAUCUCCGUUAA